CCCUUAUCCCGAAGCGUCUAUGUUCCCUGCUCCUCCCUUCCCUAGAACGUGCGAACGGAGCGGCAGUUGGUGUCUAAUUCUUCCCACCCGGAAUUCCCAUACGUCCUGGACUCUAGAAAUCAAGGAAGAAACAAACGUGAAUAGGGGAGGCGCACGCAACUCAUCCAUCAACAAAACUUUAUUGUGCAUCGCGGGCUCAGGCUCUGCUGGGAAACUUUAUUGGGUCCCUUUCGACGAACACGAACAAAGCAGAGGUGGAGGGAAGGAGGGGCGGAGUGGGGAGCGGCCCGGCCAGGACUGACUGACUGGCUGGCGGAGCUCGGAGUUCUGAGCCCGGAGCACUAGAGCCCGUGGCCGAGAGGCCUCUCGCCCUCCCUUCGCCACUGAGAUGAGGUUCAACGAGAAGGAGCUCCAGGCGUUGUCCCGGCAGCCGGCGGAGAAGGCGGCGGAGAUCGGGAUGCGGGUUCCCAAGAAGGGCAGCGUGGUGAAACGGAGGCUUGUGAAGCUGGUGGUGAAUUUCCUCUUUUAUUUCCGGACAGAUGAAGCAGAGCCCAUUGGAGCCCUGCUUCUAGAACAUUGCCGGAUUGCCAAGGAAGAGCCAAGUGGCUUCUCUAUCAGUUUCAUUGAGGAGCCCGACAGGAAGUACUACUUUGAGUGCAGUAGUGAAGAACAAUGUCAGGAGUGGAUUGAUGCCCUGAGGAGAGCGAGCUAUGAGUUUAUGCGGAGAAGCCUCAUCUUUUAUAGAAAUGAGAUCCAGAAGAUGACAGGAAAGGACCCCCUGGAGCAGUACGGCAUCUCCGAAGAGGCCAGGUUCCAGCUGAACCCUCACUAGACAUGAGCAUCUCUCCUAAGAAAAGUCUGCCUUCCUCAGUCUCCUGCCUGCCAGUGUUCUCUCCAGUGAUUAUUGGGGGUGGGAGAGGGAAGGGGGGAAAAGGAGAAGAAAGGAUUGAAUGGCCUUGGGCCUUCUACAGCAGAAACCCUUCAUGGACGACGUGGAUUGUCUCAACAAAAUGAGCCCAGGAGGAAGGGGAUAAAAAUUAAGAGUUUUCCUUCUUGGAUUGAAAAAAAUAAGCAUGGACUAGAGAUUGGGUGUUGACAAGCCCUUCAUGGCCUUGUUUCCUCUGCAGAAGAGAGUAAAGACAGGGAUGGGGGGGUGGGGAGCUAUCAUGAGCUCCAUGCAGCCAUGGAAACUGUCCUUCAAGCCCUCAUUUUUGUUAAGGCCUCUUCCAUCCUUUCUAGGGUAAGCCUGGUGCUUUCCUCUUAUCCCCUGGCCCUAGAGGCAGUGAGCCUCAAUUGUGUGGCCUUGAACAAGUCAUUUCCCCAUUGGGACCUUGUUUUCCCUAUCUGUAAAAGGACAAACUAGAUUGUCUCAACCGAGGUUGCAUGCCAGUUGGGACAGAGGAGUAAGAGGAAAAGGUAGGACAGGAGAUGCAGGGGCCAUCCCUCCCUCAGGGCUUUCUGGCAGGGCUUGGUCAAGCCUUCUCUAACUCCACUGGGGCAGCCGAAUUCUUCAUUUCUGACAUAGCCAAAAGCUUGGAAGAAGAUGCCAGGUUGAGCAAAGUAAACAAGGCUUGUGUUGGCCCUGGUCCUCCUCAGGCCUCACACAGGCCCGAGAGUGUGCCCCUACCUGAAGAUGGCCUGGAGCCAGAGGAUGCUGCCUCUGCCCACAUGCUUUUGGCCACAGGGACUGGACUUCUAUCUCCCCAACCACGUGAAUGUAUGAUUCUAGAUGAUGCUGUGAAUGGCCUUGGGGGGGGGAGGCCAAACCCCAUGUGAUUGUUGAUAAUACUACUUUGGGGUAUAAUCCAGCUGGAAUGAAGCUGUCAUUUUCAUUUCUGCUACCAUUUCACCAGGGAAGCAGUUGUCCAGGUACUGUCCUAGGUUGGGGCUUGUGGGUUUUAAAUAAAUGUUGCUCUUUUUUCAAGA